CGGGGUCCUUUCAAGAGCCUCCUAGAAAGCGUUACCCCCGGGUGGAGUUUUUCUCAGCCCUGUGCUGUCGUUCCCCUUUUAAAAGGGCGGCGGUUAACCUGUUGCCCCGCAUAUAGUGCUUGCUGUCGAUGUGCCUGUCUCUUCGUUCACUUCGUGUGGGGGGCCUAACAGGCGUUCUGCUGAACUGCUUCUUUCCCUCGCGUUAUCGUGGAUGUUCCUGCAAGCAGGACGAUAAUCGAGGUUUUUGUAAGGAGGGUUGCUUGUUGUCGUCUUCCCCUUACUUUAUUUUUCGUUUUGGUGUCCCGUCGUUCCCUCUGCAGAGGCCUUGUUUUCCCUUUCCUCCGUCAAAAUGUCGGGUGAAUCUCCCCUCGAGUUCAAGGGUGUCCUGGAGGGACAUACCGAUUGUGUAACGGCCAUUUCGACCCCCUCUCUGAAGUCGAACACAAUCGUUUCUUCCUCCAGAGACCACAAGGUGAUUGUCUGGACGCUGAACGACAACCCCGACGACAGCGGCAGCGUCGGCUACGCCCGCAGAGCACUCACAGGCCACUCGCAGUGCGUGCAGGACGUCGUGAUCAACAGCGACGGCCAGUUCGCACUCUCCGGAAGCUGGGACAAGACCCUGCGUCUCUGGGACUUGAACGCCGGUGUGACAGUUCGCUCCUUCCAAGGCCAUACCAGCGACGUCAACUCUGUCGCCUUCAGCCCGGAUAACCGCCAGAUCGUCUCUGGGUCCCGUGACAGAACCAUCAAGCUGUGGAACACCCUUGCGGAGUGCAAGUACACCAUCGUGGACGACCAGCACAACGACUGGGUCUCCUGCGUCCGCUUCUCCCCCUCGGCCAACAAGCCUCUCAUCGUCUCUUGUGGCUGGGACAAGCUCGUCAAGGUGUGGAACUUGAGCAACUGCAAGCUGCGCACCAACCUCGUCGGCCACACCUCCGUGCUGUACACCGUCACCAUCUCCCCUGAUGGAUCCCUGUGCGCGUCCGGAGGCAAGGACGGCGUCGCCAUGCUCUGGGAUGUGAACGAGGGCAAGCACCUGUACUCUCUGGACUCUAACUCCACUAUCAACGCCCUUUGCUUCUCCCCAUGCAACUACUGGCUCUGCGCUGCCACCGACAAGUCUGUCAAGAUCUGGGAUUUGGAAAACAAGAACGUUUUGUCAGAAAUCACCCCGGAGAAGACCAACCGCAGCGGUGCGCCGUGGUGCACGUCCCUCAACUGGUCUCACGAUGGACGCACGCUGUUUGUCGGUACUUUCACCGGUGCGAUCAACGUCUACGAAGUCUCUUCAGAGCAAGUGACCGCGUAAGUCGGCGCCAGUCGAGGUCUUUGUUUCUGCUACCAGUUAACGUGGACAAAGUUUGGGCUUUUCGCCGUUUCUCUGUUGAGAGAGGGGGUCAGGAAUGACGAGAACGCAAGGUGGAGUGAAGCGGGGAAGCAGAGAGCAGGGGACUCUGGGACGCCUGCAGAGAGAGGCAAGCACUCGGGGUAGCAACUGUGACACGCGUCAAGAGCGAAGGCACACACGAAAAAAAGCCAAGGGAGAAUGGACGUGUGCCGCGACGCCGCGGCACGCAGUCGCAGCAUCGAAGCUGAGAGAAGGUAGUUCUCAGGCAGGAUGUACAGACUGGGAGGGGCAAAGGUGAAGAAAACGCAAGUCGUCGGAGGCUUCACUGCGACUGUUACUUGUUGGAUGCCGUGCAACAAAAGAACCCUCUGCUCUGGACCUCCAAAACUUUGACUGUCAGCGCACCCGUUGAGCUUUUCUUUCUCCGUUUCGAGUUGCGCAGUUGCUGGCGCAUGUGCUUGCUGUCUUGCCUUUGCAUGGUGCAUGGGCAAAUUCUUCUCAACGGACACCAAGAACUCACAUGCAGCCUCAAAAUCACUACAAAUUAGUCGACC